UCACAGAAUCUGUUAAUUUCUGCUUCUAAUAUAACCGUUUCUAUGUUUGCUCAGCUUUCCCUUUUGCCUCAGCGAACAAGUUAACCAUGUUUGCUGAGCAUGCUCACUAAACUCGCGCGGUCAAUUUCACCCUACGUUAACGUUACAAACAUUGCCACCUUAUUACAAACAAGCGGCACCUUGCAAAAGGGGGUGUGAAGAAAAUAUUUACAAAUAAAUGGCGAUAAACAUAAAUUCCGCCUGUCGGCGGCAAAGGGUAGUAUCAAACAUAUAUGCACUUGUAUGUGUGUGAGCGAGUGGAUUGGCGCAGGGGGCGUAUGGUUGAAUCACAUUCAAAUUCUCCCGCGACGACGGCAGUUAGUCAAUCACGCACUUUGGCCUGUUUGCGAGGGAUAGUCCAUUGCCAGAAGCACACCAAAUCAUAGCCGUCCACAAUCAAAACCGGUCAUGAGUUCACGAUCAGCAAAAGCAGGUUUUUGGGUGUAUGCAAAAAAGGUGUUUUAAAAGAGAUAGGCAGUUACGCAUUGUGAAGGUGAUUCAAAAACGAUUCAAUUGUGCUCGUUUGCAUUUAACUUUACCGCAACAUUGUUGUACAAUCGUGUAUUCGAAGUUUUUGUGCAUAAUUCCAACCCCAGUAAGUGGCACUAAUUCGUCUAAAUGAAGCAUGGCGUUAACUAAAACAUAUCGAGAAAUGUCCUGUAUGGGUUGUUUCGGAAUGAUACUGGUGGGCUUUCUACUGUUGUUGUCCCCCAAGGCAGGUCAUGCGACAGAAAGUGUUCGGCCGAAUAUAAUUUUCAUUUUAGCUGAUGAUCUGGGCUGGAACGAUGUCGGUUUCCAUGGUUCCGCACAAAUCCCAACGCCCAAUCUGGACGCGUUGGCCUACUCGGGCAUUAUUCUCAACCGUUAUUACGUGAAUCCAAUCUGCACUCCAUCUCGUUCCGCGCUAAUGACCGGCAAGUACCCAAUACACACCGGGAUGCAGCAUACGGUGCUUUACGGAAUGGAACCACGAGGACUUCCAUUGUCAGAGAAGCUGUUGCCCCAAUACCUGAAGGAUCUUGGAUAUUCCAACCACAUUGUUGGCAAAUGGCAUCUGGGACAUUAUCAACUCCGCUACACACCGUUACAACGAGGCUUCGACAGUCAUACUGGAUUUUGGACCGGACAUCAUCAUAUGAACGAUCACACGGCGGUAGAGCACGGUCAGUGGGGUCUCGAUAUGCGCCGUGACUACGACGUAGCAUACGAUCUUCACGGGAAGUACACGACGCAUGUGAUCGGCUCGGAAGCGAUCAAUAUAGUGCAGGCGCACAAUAAGAGCGAACCGCUCUUUCUCUACGUAGCACAUGCGGCCGUUCAUUCGGCAAAUCCGUACGAUUUCCUUCCAGCUCCGGACGAAACGAUUGCCGAACUGAGCCACAUUGAAAACUAUCGUCGGCGUAAGUACGCCGCCAUGAUGGUGGAGCUGGACAGAACCGUUGGCAGCCUGGUGGAUGUGCUGCACGCACAAGACAUGCUGAAAAAUACGAUCAUCGUGUUUAGCAGCGAUAAUGGUGGGCCGGCGGAUGGAUUCAACGAUAAUGCCGCUUCAAAUUGGCCGUUACGCGGAGUGAAGAAUACACUGUGGGAAGGUGGAGUACGCGGGGCCGGCUUUAUCUGGAGCCCACUGUUACGAAAUGUGAGCCGAGUAUCGCACCAAAUGGUGCAAGUUUGCGAUUGGCUUCCGACGCUUUACGAAGCAGCAGGUGGCAAUGUGAGUUCGUUACCCACCGAUCUGGACGGUAUCAGUGUGUGGAAUGAGCUGGAUACCGGUGCUCCAACAAGGCGUAUUGAGAUACUGCACAAUAUCGACGAUAUUUGGGGCAGCUCCGCACUCACAGUCGGUAACUGGAAGCUUGUGAAGGGGUCACACUAUAAUCGCACCUGGGACGGUUGGUACGGUCCGGCAGGGAUACGCGACGAAAAAGCCUACUCACUGGAAACUAUCACGAACAGUUCGGCGGGUCAGAUAAUGGCGCAAUUAGACUUGCUUCCCUCCCGGGAUCGCAUUACACAGCUGCGCCGAGAGGGUACGGUUUCGUGCGGUGCUGGAGCGCACAUGGCAAACGAAUGUAACCCACUGGAAAGCGCAUGCUUGUUUGACGUGGAAAGUGAUCCCUGCGAGUACAAUAAUCUGGCCGACGAACAUCUGCAUACGGUGCAAAGUUUGCUCGCCAGGCUGGCCGAUUAUAAUAGUACCGCUGUCGCACCAUCGAACUUGGACGAUGAUCUACGCGGUGCACCCCAGCACUGGAACUACACGUGGCAUAACUUCGGUGACGAACCGGAGCCGGAAGUAUUACUAAAUGAUAAUGAAGAAAUGUAACCACGGAAGACUGUGCGCUGUUGUUAAUACUGAGUAGCUUUUUAUUUCUCUUCUAAACACAAAAAGCAUAAAUAAAUUCUAGCCAAAUAACUAAAUAAA